GCGAUGGUGACUUCGGGAGGUUUCACAUAAGAUCUCACACGCGACGAAACUUUGGAUUUACGGAGCUCACCUUUACGCUCAGGUGUCAAAAUCAAGGUGUUUCUACCUCCCGGGUCCCACGCGCGUCUCACAUCUCGCUUAUUUUAGUCCCCUCUAGUUUAUUUUACUAUUAGAUUAGUUUUUGUUUGUUUUUGUUUUUUUACUCAUGACGGCGCAGGUAGACUACCUGGCGGUGGUUUUCACCGCCACAUCUGGCGCGAGCGGAGAGCUCCUGGGAUCUGACGAGAAGGAGCUCGUGCAGUUGGUAUGGCAGCUCGUGGAUGUCAAAAACAAAAAGUUGGGCAAGGUGAACGAGCUGCUCAUAAAGCCUGACCUCUCAGACCUGAUAGAAGAAAAAGAGGAGGAGGAUGUGUUGGAAGAGAGUGUGGAAGAGGAGAAUGGAUCUGGAGCUGACUGUGUAUACAAAGCAGCGAGCAUUGAUAAAGCUUUAAACAUGUUUCAUCUACAACUGACAAACGAGGUGAACAGCGCGGGCGCGGGCACGUCGGUGUGUUUGUGUACAGACGGGCAACUCCACAUCCGCCAAGUGAUUCACCCCGAGGCCGCGAGCAAGAACAUCCUGGUCCCAGACUGUUUCUACUCUUUCUUUGACCUUCGGAAGGAGUUCAAGAAGCACUUCCCCUCUUCUGACCUCAAGGCUUUGAAUGUCCUCAUCAUGGCAGAGUCUCUUAGUAUACCUGUUGAUGUGCCCACCAUGUGGGACCCCUCUGCCACACCGGAUCCAUCAGUCCCUUUGCCUGCAGAAGUAGCCAUACAGCAGGUCCAGCUUAUGGCCAGCAUGGCCCUGGCACUGCUUUCUGAGCCAUUUUGCCACAUGUUUUCUAACCCCGAGAGAGUUAGUGAGAAGUUUGAGAGCGGCACUUGCAGUAAAAUGGAGAAAGUGUGCGACAACACAGUGAUCCGAGCCAGAGGAUUGCCUUGGCAGUCUUCUGACCAGGAUAUUGCACGAUUUUUCAGAGGUCUCAACAUUGCCAAAGGAGGGGUUGCACUGUGUCUGAAUGCUCAAGGGAGGAGGAAUGGAGAAGCUCUGGUUCGUUUUGUGAGUGGACACAGAGACCUGGCGUUGCAGAGACACAAACACCACAUGGGCAACAGAUACAUCGAGGUUUAUAAAGCAACAGGAGAAGACUUCCUCAAGAUAGCAGGAGGUACAUCCAAUGAGGUAGCAAUGUUCCUGUCCCGCGAGGACCAGAUCAUAGUGAGGAUGCGAGGUCUGCCUUUCACCGCCACGCACGAGCAGGUGCUCACCUUCUUCUCGCCAGAGGAUGGUCUCAAAGAGAUGUGUCCAGUCAGCGGCGGAAGGGACGGCAUCCUGUUUGUACGCUACCCAGAUGGACGUCCAACUGGUGACGCUUUUGUUUUAUUUGCAUGUGAAGAACAUGCUCAGUGCGCCCUGAGGAAACACAAGGAAAUCCUGGGGAAAAGAUACAUCGAGCUAUUUAAGAGUACAGCAGCAGAAGUACAGCAGGUGCUAAACAGGUACUCAUCAGCCCCCCUGAUCCCUGUGGCCCCUGCCCCUCUGGUGUCUGUGCUGCCCACAAAUGUCUUCUUUCUGCCCCCACCUGGUGGAGUAAGGGACUGCCUGCGGCUUAGAGGGCUGCCUUAUACAGCGAGCAUAGAGGACAUCCUCACCUUCCUGGGCGAGUUUACACACGACAUCAGACCGCAUGGAGUGCACAUGGUCCUCAACCAGCAGGGUCGUCCGUCAGGUGACUGCUUCAUCCAGAUGACUUCAGCAGAGCGGGUGCUUCUGGCCUCACAGCGGCUUCACAAGCAUGUGAUGUCCAGCCAGCGUGGGGCAAACAGCCGUUACGUGGAGGUGUUUCCCUGCAGCGCCGAGGAGAUGGGCCUCGUGUUGAUGGGAGGCUCACUCUCACACACGCAUACACACACACACACCCGGAGCAGGAGUGGGACAGGGCUCAGCCCGCCGCCAUGUUUAUCUCCACCAUCCUACUCCUUCCAACCUGCUCCAGCUGUCCUUCCUCCAGAGGCUGCUGCUGCUGCUCUCUACCCUCCCAUUGGGCAGGUGCUGCUGACUCCUCGUGCCCUGCCACCAGGACAUGCCUACUACCCUCCCUCAGCUCAGCUGUAUAUGAACUACACAGCCUACUACCCAAGUCCACCUGGCUCACCUAACACCUUAGGUUUCUUCCCCUCCCCCUCCUCCAUCGCCUCCCCCGGAGGGCUGGUGCGUAUGCCUGGUCUGACCUACAACGGCAAUGGAGUCAAAGAGCUCAUAAAUGCAGUGCAGGGUUACCAGUAUGCUCCCGAGGAUGCUUUCAUGCACGCCCACGGGCCCGUGCACGCUCACGACCCGACCAGGACAUUGCUUACGCAACCCAAAGAAUGGGUGUGUAUUUAAGGUGUCCUGAGGCAGGGUGGCAGAAUCCUGCAGAGUCCGUUUCUCUCCUGAGCAGCAGUCUGAUUGGUCAGUCCCAGCUCAAGUGAGGCUGCUCUUAUGUCACUCCCUACUCUCAUGACCAAGCCAGGAGGGCAGUAUUUGGAUCUGACCCUGCUGUAGG